AGAGCCCCCCUCGGCCAUGGCCCGCGCCAAGCGCCCCCGGGCACCCGGGCUGCUGCCUCUGCUCCUGCUGCUGCCUCUGUGCGCACGGGCAGCAGAGCCGGUGGACGUGCUGAAGGCACUGCAGUUCCAGGCCCAGCCGGCCGGCGUGCGGAAGGCGACGGGGUUCUGCCCCGCCAGGCAGGCAGGGACGGGGCCGGACGUGGCCUACAGGAUAUCACGGCAGGCGCAGAUCAGCGCCCCCACCAGGCAGCUCUUCCCAGGGAAGUUCCCGGAGGAUUUCUCCAUCAUGGCCCUGGUGAAGGCCAAGGCCGGGACCCAGGCGUUCCUGCUCUCCAUGUACGACCAGCACGGCACCCAGCAGCUGGGCGUGGAGCUGGGGCGCUCGCCCGUCUUCCUCUACCAGGACCAGAACGGCCGGCCCGCCCCCGAGGACUACCCGCUCUUCCGGGGCAUCAACCUCGCUGACGGCAAGUGGCACCGGUUGGCACUGAGUGUGCGCAAGCAGUCGGUGACGCUGAUCCUGGACUGUAAGAAGAAGGUGACGCGGCCGCUGCCCCGGGGCCCCCGCCCGGUGAUCGACACCCGCGGCAUCACUGUCUUUGGCACCCGCAUCCUCGACGAGGAGGUCUUCCAGGGUGACAUCCAGCAGCUGCUCAUCGCCCCGAACCCGCAGGCAGCCUAUGACUACUGUGAGCACUACAGCCCCGACUGCCACGCUCAGCCCCAUGCGCCCCAGGCACAGGAGGCGCAGCAGAGACCUGCCAGGCCCGAGUACUUUGAUGAGGAGAUGGAGUACUCUGAGUACCCCCACUCUUACGGGAAUAAAGAGGAUGGGAACUCACCUCUCCCCACACUUUCGGGGGGCGAAGUGGAGCAGGUAACCUGGGGGGGGCAGGUUCUGCUCCCCCCCACCCAUGUCCGUCUGUCUGCCCCAGCUCCUGUUGUGUCUGUGUCUCAUCCUCUCAUGACAAGGGGAGGGAAUCCCGGUGUGUGCUCCAUACACAUGGGGAUCCUAAGGACAAUGAGGGUUCUGGGGCGACCCCUGGAGAUUUGGGGUGCUCUGUAUGUAGCCAGUCCCCAGGGUGGAGAGGCUCCGGGGCAACCCCUGGAGAUUUGGGGUGCUCUGAAUGUAUCCAGGUCCCCAGGGUGGAGAGGCUCUGGGGUGACCCCUGGAGAUUCGGGGUGCUCUGAAUGUAACAAGCUCCCAGGGACAGAGGGGGCUUGGGGUGACCCUGAGGGAUGUGGGGUGCUCCGUACACCAGGGAGUCCUUGCAGCAGCCCCUGCACCCCUGCUCCCCGUGAACUCAUGCCAUGUGUGUUGUGUUUUCCUUCUGUGCCCGGCUCCCGGUCUCUGUGUGUGUCGCUGCUGCUGCCAUCCUCAUCCUCACCCUCAUCACCUCCAUCCUCCUCCUCCUCCUCGCCUCCGCGGCACCAGAAACCCGCUGGGCCGGGCCGCAAGGCGCCCGCCAAGCCGGCGCCCAAGCAGCAGAAACGGCAGCAGCUGAUGAGCACGGCCCCAGCCUACGGCAAAGCUCCCGGUGGCGGGAAAUCUCCCGGGAAAGCCCCCGGCAACGCCAAGUCCCCUGGCAACGGCAAAUCCCCCGGCAACAGCAAAUCCCCCGUCAACGCCAAGUCCCCUGGCAACGGCAAAUCCCCCGGCAACACCAAGAUGGCAGCGGCGGGGAAACACCCGGCCGUGAAAAAUGCCCUGGGCAAGGCCCAGACGGGGGGCAAGGCCUACGCUGGCGCCGGCGCGCCCAGGAAACACGGCAACGGCUACCAGCAGGAGGCUCCCAGCCCGCCCCCUGCCGCUCCGGGUGAGGACGAGGUGCUUGUGGAGAAGUAUGUGACAGGGGAGGACACAGCUGUGACGGGGCAGGAGUACGAGUAUGUCUAUAAGGACUUUCCCGAGGGAGCCGAGCCAUCGGAGCUGGGGCCCGUGCUCUCUGCAGAGACCCCCCAGAACGGAGGCGCUGUGCGCGGAGUCAGAGGCUACAAAGGAGAGAAGGGAGAGCCGGCCGUCAUGGAACCGGGAAUGCUGGUGGAGGGCCCCCCCGGCCCUGAGGGACCUGCGGGCAUAUCGGGGCCACCGGGCACACAGGGCCCCCCGGGACCCCCAGGAGAUCCUGGUGAGAGGGGUCCUCCUGGCCGUUCAGGUCUCCCUGGCUCGGAUGGGACGCCUGGACCCCCUGGCACAUCUCUCAUGCUCCCGUUCCGGUUUGGGAGCAGCGGUGGAGACAAGGGGCCUGUGGUGUCAGCACAAGAGGCACAAGCGCAGGCCAUUUUACAGCAAGCCCGGAUGGCCCUGCGUGGCCCCCCGGGACCCAUGGGAUACACCGGCCGGCCUGGGCCCCUGGGGCAGCCAGGGGGCGCCGGGCUGAAGGGGGAAGCCGGAGACUUCGGACCCCAGGGACCCCGCGGGCCGCAGGGCCUGUCUGGCCCCCCGGGGAAGCCUGGAAGGAGGGGUCGUGCUGGAGCCGAUGGUGCCCGGGGGAUGCCCGGGGAGCCUGGCGUUAAGGGCGACCGAGGCUUUGACGGGUUGCCGGGGCUGCCAGGGGACAAGGGGUACAGGGGUGAGACGGGUUCCCAGGGCAUCCCAGGCCCCCCUGGUGAGGAUGGACAGCGGGGAGACGAUGGAGAGGUCGGCCCCAGAGGGCUCCCUGGAGAACCGGGACCCAGAGGUUUGCUUGGACCCAAAGGCCCACCGGGGAUCCCCGGGCCUCUGGGCGUGCGUGGCAUAGAUGGUCCCACUGGGCCCAAAGGGAACCUGGGGCCGCAAGGCGAGCCAGGUCCCCCAGGUCAGCAGGGAACUCCAGGCACCCAGGGAUUACCUGGACCACAAGGUGCUAUGGGCCCCCCCGGAGAGAAGGGUCCCACAGGCAAACCUGGUCUCCCCGGCAUGCCAGGGUCUGACGGGCCUCCCGGGCAUCCGGGGAAGGAAGGUCCGUCGGGAACCAAAGGUAACCAGGGUCCAUCCGGUCCCCAAGGUCCGAUUGGCUACCCAGGCCCUCGUGGUGUGAAGGGCGUGGAUGGAAUUCGGGGGCUGAAGGGUCACAAGGGUGAGAAGGGUGAGGACGGAUUCCCCGGGUUCAAAGGCGACUUCGGGGUGAAAGGAGACAGGGGCGAGGUGGGUGUCCCAGGAGGCAGAGGAGAGGAUGGACCGGAAGGUCCCAAAGGCCGGACCGGACCCUCAGGUGACCCGGGUCCCCUCGGACUGGUGGGAGAGAAGGGGAAGCUGGGCGUACCAGGUCUUCCCGGAUACCCAGGACGGCAAGGCCCGAAGGGAUCUCAGGGCUUCCCUGGAUUCCCUGGCACCAAUGGUGAGAAGGGUGCUCGGGGUCUAUCCGGGAAGCCAGGGCCCCGGGGUGAGCGCGGCCCCUCGGGUCCCAGGGGCCAGCGGGGGCCACGAGGAGCCACUGGGAAGCUGGGGGCGAAGGGCACCUCUGGCGGUGACGGCCCCCAUGGCCCUCCCGGGGAAAGGGGACUCCCGGGCCCCCAGGGGCCAAACGGCUUCCCCGGACCCAAAGGGCCACCGGGCCCCCCUGGCAAGGACGGGCUUCCCGGGCACCCCGGUCAGCGAGGAGAAGUCGGUUUCCAAGGCAAGACGGGCCCCCCCGGCCCCCCAGGAGUGGUGGGACCUCAGGGCGCUUCUGGGGAGUCUGGUCAGAUGGGGGAGAGAGGUCACCCAGGGCCCCCCGGGCCCCCGGGAGAGCAGGGCUUGCCAGGACCCUCUGGGAAAGAAGGAACCAAGGGAGACCCCGGCCCCCCGGGAGCCCUCGGGAAAGACGGCCCGGCUGGACUGCGCGGUUUCCCCGGUGAGCGUGGGCUGCCCGGCACCCCGGGUGGCACGGGGCUGAAAGGGAACGAGGGGCCGGCCGGACCCCCAGGACCUGCAGGCUCCCCCGGCGAGAGAGGUGGCCCUGGGCAGGGCGGCCCCAUCGGACCCCCAGGCAGACCGGGCCCCCAAGGGCCACCAGGCCCCGCUGGAGAGAAAGGAGUUCCUGGUGAGAAAGGUCCCAUAGGCCCUGCUGGCCGUGAUGGAGUCCAGGGUCCCGUUGGGCUGCCCGGCCCAGCGGGGCCCCCAGGGGGUGCUGGUGAGGACGGCGACAAGGGCGAGGUGGGCGAGCCGGGCCAGAAGGGUGGCAAAGGCAACAAGGGAGAACACGGUCCCCCAGGCCCCCCAGGUCCCAUGGGCCCAGUUGGGCAGCCUGGAGCAGCCGGGGCUGAUGGGGAGCCGGGCGCUCGGGGCCCCCAGGGCCACUUUGGGGCAAAGGGCGACGAAGGAACCCGCGGAUUCAACGGGCCGCCUGGCCCCAUCGGGCUGCAGGGUCUGCCGGGCCCGGCGGGGGAGAAGGGUGAGACAGGUGACGUGGGCCCCAUGGGCCCCCCAGGACCACCGGGGCCGCGUGGCCCAGCCGGACCCUCUGGAGCCGACGGACCCCAAGGCGGCCCCGGAGGCAUCGGCAACCUGGGCCCCCCCGGAGAGAAGGGUGAGCCUGGCGAGUCGGGGGCCCCCGGCAUCCCUGGGGAGCCAGGAGUCAAGGGCCCGCGAGGAGAGCGAGGGGAGAAAGGAGAGACCGGAGCCGCUGGCACAUCUGGACCCCCUGGAGGGAAAGGGCCCCCCGGAGACGAUGGGCCCAAGGGGAACCCCGGUCCUGUUGGUUUCCCAGGGGAUCCAGGCCCCCCAGGUGAAAUGGGCCCCAGGGGCCAGGACGGGGCGAAGGGCGAGCGAGGCGAGGAUGGGGAACCCGGGCAGCUGGGCUCGCCAGGCCCGACAGGAGAGAAUGGCCCCCCAGGCCCCCCAGGGAAGAGGGGUCCCGCAGGCUCCCCGGGUCCCGAGGGGCGUCAGGGCGAGAAGGGCACUAAGGGCGAGCCAGGCGCCGUGGGACCCCCUGGCAAGACCGGCCCCGUGGGGCCCCAGGGACCGGCCGGCAAGCAGGGGCCUGACGGGCUGAGAGGCAUCCCUGGCUCAGUGGGAGAACAAGGCAAGCCGGGCGCGACGGGCCAGACGGGCCCCCCUGGACCUGUGGGCCCCCCGGGGCUGCCCGGCCUCAAAGGGGACUCCGGAACCAAAGGAGAGAAGGGCCACCCCGGUCUGAUCGGCCUGAUCGGGCCCCCGGGCGAGCAGGGCGAGAAAGGGGACCGGGGCCUGCCUGGCCCACAGGGCUCCCUGGGGUCCAAAGGAGAGACCGGGAUCCCUGGUGCUACCGGCCCCAUCGGCCCCACCGGGCCCCCGGGACUUCCUGGCCCGGCCGGUCCCAAGGGUGCGAAGGGAGCCACGGGACAAGCCGGCCCCAAGGGUGAGCGAGGCGUCCCCGGCCCCCCCGGACACCCGGGUCCCCCCGGGGAGGUGAUCCAGCCGCUGCCCAUCCAGCUGCCCAGGAAGAGCAAGCGGUCGAUCGACGCCAGCCAGCUGGUGGGUGAGGACGGGGAGGGGCUGGCGGCGGACGGGGCCCACGGCCACGCGGGCGGCAUGGACGAGAUCUUCGGCUCCCUCACCGCCCUCAAGCGGGAGAUCGAGCAGAUGAAGCACCCGAUGGGCACCCAGGACAACCCGGCUCGCACCUGCCAGGACCUGCGGCUCUGCCACCCCGACCUGCCCGACGGCGAGUACUGGAUCGACCCCAACGAGGGCUGCUCCCGGGACUCCUUCAAGGUGCAUUGCGACUUCACGGCUGGCGGGGAGACCUGCCUCUUCCCCACCAAAGAGACACAGAAGGUCCAUAUGUCUGCGUGGCAGGAGGAGAAGCCCCCGCGCUGGUUCAGCCAGUUCCGGGAAGGAAGGAAGUUCUCGUACGUGGACGCGGACGGGCGCCCGGUGGGCGCGGUGCAGCUCACCUUCCUGCGGCUGCUCAGCGUGGCCGCCCGGCAGAACUUCACCUACCACUGCCAGCGCUCGGUGGGCUGGCGCAGCGCCGCCUCCGGGGGCCACCAGCGCGCCCUCCGCCUCCGGGGCGCCAACGAGGAGGACAUGAGCUACGACAACAGCCCCUACAUCACGGCCCUCACCGACGGCUGCGCGCGGCGGAAGGGCCCGGACAGGACGGUGCUGGAGGUGAACACGCCCCGUGUGGAGCAGCUCCCCCUGCUGGACGCGCACUUCACAGACUUUGGGGAGCCCAACCAGAAGUUUGGGUUUGAGGUGGGACCCGUCUGUUUCCUGGGCUAGGACCAACCCCCGUGAGCCCUGCCCUGGUCCCUGAGGGACUGUCCCAGCCUGGCCCAGGCCCCACCAUCCCCCGAGCAGCGAAGCUACGGGACCUACCGGCCACCCGAGGGACGGACCCGCCACGACGACCCACAGCCACCGAGACCGACGCACCCGGCGCUGGGACCAGGGACCGGAGAGAGACACCGAAGAGACGUCACUGCUUAGAGCCUCCUGUAUUUUAACGUGUAGCGAGAGGGCAGUUACACCAACGCACUGGCUGGAUCCCUCGGAGCCCCACAGUCCUCCAGCCAGAGCUCCCAGAAUGCCCAGCUACAUCCCUCAUUGCCUGUGGGCCAUAUUCCCCAGAGUGUCUCAGGGCUCACCCUCCAUAUCUCCCAGAGCCCCUCAGCUCUAACCCGACUGGAGCCACCCCGAAACGAUGGACCCGGUACCCCAAUUUCCCUCUGACCGGGGAGCAAAGCCAUUAAUGUCUAAUGAACAUUGUGAGCGAACCAGAGUUAAUUAACGUCAGCAGGGCGGCCGGCUCCCCUGUGCCGGGCAGCAUCGUGGAUAGAGGACCUGGGUU